UGAUUUUUAAUUCCCUACGUUUGAGUUGGAUCUUCUUACAAAAUUUUAAGCUUUUAAAGGAAGCAGCAGCAACUAGUAAGUUCCUGAUCCGGCUCACAAGCUUUGUAAGCUAUUCACAAGAUCAAUCGUAUUACCCCCAGUUCUUGUCUAUUAUUGUGAUGUUGUUGUCCUCUCCUGACGAAAUAGUUGUGUUGAAUGAAUUAUAAGUGGUGUACAAAACCUAAUUCAAAGGGAAAAGAGAGUCAAGGGGGAUAAAAAAAAAAAGAGAGGAGUUAGUUACAUGAACGUCUUAAAUUAGUGAAAGAGAGUUUUGCUUUCUUUUAUAUCUGUCAAAUAAAACUUGUGACAUCUAUCUUCCUCUCCUUUCAGCACAAGUUAAAAAUAUAAUGGUACUCGCCACAAACUCCGAAGAGCAUUUGCACUCCACUUUCGCUUCCAGAUAUGUCCGUGCUGUUGUUCCCAGGUUCACAAUGCCUAACAAUUCCAUGCCCAAAGACGCUGCUUAUCAAGUGAUCAGUGAUGAGUUGAUGCUUGAUGGCAACCCCAGGCUUAAUCUAGCUUCCUUUGUCACCACUUGGAUGGAACCUGAGUGUGACAAACUCAUCCAGGAGUCUGUCAACAAGAACUAUGUUGACAUGGACGAAUAUCCUGUCACGACCGAGCUCCAGAACCGGUGUGUAAACAUGAUAGCCAAUUUGUUCCAUGCUCCCAUGGGAGAAGAGGAAGCUGCUAUUGGAUGUGGAACUGUCGGUUCAUCAGAGGCUAUAAUGCUUGCUGGUUUAGCUUUCAAAAGGAAGUGGCAACAGAGGAGAAGAGCUCAAGGUCUACCUACUGAUAAUCCCAACAUUGUUACUGGUGCCAAUGUUCAGGUGUGCUGGGAGAAAUUUGCAAGGUACUUUGAGGUAGAGCUCAAAGAGGUGAAACUAAGUGAAGGCUAUUACGUGAUGGACCCAGCUAAAGCUGUAGAGAUGGUGGAUGAGAACACAAUCUGCGUUGCAGCUAUUCUAGGUUCCACACUAACCGGAGAGUUCGAGGAUGUGAAGCUACUGAAUGAUCUCUUGGCUGAGAAAAACGCAGAGACUGGUUGGGAUGUUGCUAUUCACGUUGAUGCAGCCAGUGGAGGAUUCAUUGCUCCUUUCCUCUACCCUGAUCUUGAGUGGGACUUUAGGCUUCCAUGGGUUAAGAGCAUUAAUGUCAGUGGUCAUAAGUAUGGAUUAGUCUACGCAGGAGUUGGUUGGAUUGUAUGGAGAACCAAAGAUGAUUUGCCAGAGGACCUUGUCUUUCACAUCAACUACUUGGGAGCUGAUCAACCCACUUUCACCCUUAACUUCUCUAAAGGGUCAAGCCAAAUCAUUGCUCAGUACUAUCAGUUUAUCCGGCUAGGCUUUGAGGGAUACAAGAACAUUAUGGAGAACUGCAUGGACAACGCGAGGAGGCUAAGAGAAGGAAUAGAGAUGACAGGGAAGUUCGACAUUGUCUCUAAAGACAUAGGCGUGCCUCUAGUGGCAUUCUCUCUCAAAGACAGCAGCAAACACACCGUGUUUGAGAUCGCAGAGUCUCUUAGGAAAUUUGGGUGGAUCAUACCGGCGUACACUAUGCCUGCAGAUGCACAGCACAUUGCUGUGCUCAGAGUUGUGAUCAGGGAAGAUUUUAGCCGAGGACUUGCGGACAGACUCAUCACACAUAUCAUUCAGGUACUGAAAGAGAUCGAUGGCCUUCCUAGCCGGGUUGCUCAUCUAGCUGCGGCUGCUGCGGUUAGUGGUGGUGAAGUGAAGACUGCUAAGAUGUCUCUGGAGGAUAUCACUAAGUAUUGGAAACGCCUUGUGGAACACAAGAGAAAUAUUGUCUGUUAGGUUGGGUAAGUCUUCACGCUUGUUCUUCUUUUGGACCAGUUAUGUUCUUGGUAAUAAGGUUUUUUGAUUUAGACCAUUCUGCUAAAUUUUUUAUUCUUCUUUCCUGGGAUUAUGUUUAUAUUGAUAAACGAAAAAUAGUACUCAUUCC